CGGUAGGCGGUCUGUCCGAGCUUCCUGAAAAGCAGUAUAUUGUAAUUCAAAUUAGAUGCAUGAACAGGCAGCCGCGAGUGAAAUAUGCGUUGGAGCUGCAGUCACAGGGCAGGUGUCAGGAUGCGAUGAGCAGGGAGUGAGUGAGUGACUCUCCCCUCCUCCGCCGUGUGAUGACGGACCGACUGUAGCACCGGAGCGGCGGCUUUGAGUCACUCCUCAGGAGCAACAAAGCGGCCACGGCAGCACUGACGCAAAGCGUCCGGCGGUGCAUCGCGGCGUGAGGCGACCCGGACCUGGGGACUGAACCAUCGCCUGAAUUAGAGACGCGGACGACACCGGCAGCAUGAGAAAUGAGCCUCGAUGAGGAGUGAAGGGUGUCGGCGGCAUCCAGGACUGCGAUCCGUAGCAUCUGGUCCAGAGGGAUUAGCAAUAUUGCUGCGCUGAGAUGAAAUUGUGAAGGGAGUUAUGACAGGAGUUGCUGCAGGGUGCCGCAUUGCCUGGCCGCUUGAUGGAAGACAAAAAUACAGGUCCUGAUCUGAAAUAGUUCUGGUUUGGAAGGGUCCAAAUACGUGACGCAUUUAUUGCUGGGGAUCAUUUCUGGCAGCUGUACCGGUUCGAUCUGUUUAACUCUGCGAGGCAAAAGCUUUAAAACAAAGGGAAAAUGACUCAUUUACAAGCGGGGCUGUCCCCCGAAACGCUGGAGAAAGCCAAGGUGGAGUUAAAGGAAAACCCCGACACCCUGCAUCAGGACAUCCAGGAGGUGAGGGACAUGAUCAUCACCCGUCCAGACAUCGGCUUUCUCAGGACAGACGACGCUUUCAUCCUGCGAUUCCUCCGGGCGCGGAAAUUUAACCACUUCGAGGCGUUUCGCUUGUUGGCUCAGUACUUCGAGUACCGACAGCAAAACCUCGACAUGUUCAAGAACUUAAAAGCGACCGAUCCGGGCAUCAAGCAAGCCCUCAAAGACGGAUUUCCGGGGGUUCUGUCCAACCUGGACCGCUAUGGCAGGAAAAUACUGGUCCUCUUUGCCGCUAACUGGGACCAGAGCAGGUAUACAUUUGUGGAUAUAUUGCGGGCCAUUCUGUUGUCUCUGGAGUCCAUGAUUGAAGACCCUGAGCUUCAGGUGAAUGGAUUUGUGUUGAUUAUCGACUGGAGCAAUUUCACCUUCAAGCAAGCGUCAAAGUUGACUCCAAGCAUGCUGCGACUGGCUAUUGAAGGCUUACAGGACAGCUUCCCGGCCCGUUUCGGAGGAAUCCACUUCGUCAACCAGCCGUGGUACAUCCACGCCCUCUACACGGUCAUACGGCCCUUUCUGAAGGACAAGACGAGGAAGCGGAUAUUCAUGCAUGGGAACAACCUGAACAGUCUGCACCAGCUCAUCCACCCGGAGAUCCUACCCUCUGAGCUGGGGGGCAUGUUGCCCCCCUAUGACAUGAGCACGUGGGCGCGCACGCUGCUGGACCACGCCUAUGACGAGGAGUCCGAGUACAGCCCCGAGUCCUACACCCUGUCCGUGAAGGAUCUGGAGAAAGACCUGUCACCCAAAACCAUGAAGAGGUCGCAGUCGGUGGUGGAGCCGGGUGUGCUGAAGAGGCCUGCGAAGGGGACCGGCGAGGAGGACAACAUCCAGCCCCUGCUCUCGCUGGACUAAUCAGCCGCCGGCCGUCCACCACCGGGGACACGACGUCCCGCGUUCCCGGACAAACAAACAGAAAUCCUAAGAAUGGGAGAGUAGCUCUUGGGCCUAAUGCGAUAGGCUUUCUGGGUAUGGACCGAGCGGAAGAGGUGCAGUCAGUAACUCAUUGUCAAGUGCCAAUUUUGGGAUGUAAAUACGAUCUCGACGUGGGAUUUGGACGUUAUUGUGAACGAGAUACUUGGGUAGACUGAUGUGAAUAAUCUGUGUGUCGUGAAAUAUUUAGUGGGCCGAGAGAUAGCAAGGUGAGGGGUGUAGCAUAAAACAAUGAAGAGGUUCAGCUCAGGAUUAGCAUAACAACAACGAUAAUAAUUAAUAUUAUUGUAAUAAAAGUGCGUGGUGGGCCAUUGUGAGGUACAAGCAGGCUGAGCUGAAAUAAUGCAGACAUCGAAUAUAAAGCAGUAAAGCAGUAUCAAUGUUAUGAGAUGGAGAGGUGAAACGGUGAGGGGUGUCGAUGUUCUGGAGAUGGUUUGGAGAUGAGCAAAACCCGGUUUAUCCCUGUCCAUUCGGGGCACAUGAAAGAGUAAUUCAGGUUUUUGUGUCACAGAGCAUCUCUCCCUUUAUAGCGAAGGGACACUGAGGAUGCAGCAAUUAGUUAGAGCAAGAGAGCGAGUACCAUCCUCAGUUCACAGAUACCGAAAUUAUAUUUUACUAUCGUUCCCAACACAGAAAGCAAAACCACAUUUUUCUGCUUGUCCACAGUAUCAGUGUCUCCUUGUGUCUGGUGUAUCUCUCAAAGCACGAAAUCAAUAUAGAACAUAUUUACCUUUUUUUUUAUUUCAGAUUGUUUUCAUUGAGAAACAUGGAUAUGUGCAUAUUCAUUUUUUUUCAGCUCAAAUUGUGCAAUUAGUCAUGUCUGGAUCCAUAGCAAAAUUGUGCAGGCUUUUAUUUUUAAUAAAGAAUUAAAGGGCAACACCGUUCUCUAUGUUAGGGUAGCAGGCCUUACACUUACAUGUUACCGAUCCAGCCCAAUGGAUCUGGGAGGCGUUUUCAGCGGCAGAAUCUGGCAUUCGAAUGACGGACGGUGGACACUGUACCUACUUAGCCGUGUAGCUAAUGCUGGUAUUGGACACAUCUGCUCCUACAGAGUAGUAGCUAGUCUAUAGAUGCUGAUGAUUGCGUUGUUUGGAGGGGGAGACCAGCCACGUGGGAAUGCACGGAAGAGUGCGUGGAAUGUUACUUGAAUAUCGAUUCGAAUAUAUAAAGAUAUAAAUAUUAUUUUUCUCACACUUUGUGUCGUUGAACUAUGUAAAAUAAUGUAUAAUACCAUCAGGACGCAUAUGAUCUAGGGUUGAUGCUUGGGCUUUUGUGGAACACACUUCCUGUUCAUUCCUAGAUCUGGGCAACCGCUCUGCAUUCUGGGUAUUAGAUUUCGAUGUGGCGCUCUCGCUUUACGUCUGCUGUCGCAGGUGUAGACCUCCCUGUGCUGACGCGGCACCGCGGUGGACUCAAAAGGCACCAGAACCAUGGUGACUGCCGCAGUCGAAGCUGGUGAGGACUUUUUUAAUGGUAAGAAUCUGGCAGGAUCCACUAGGAUUCUCACUGGACAACGGGGCAGUCGCGCUUAAUUUCCAAGGACAUUUUUCUAUUGCUCUGGCCUGAAAGGGUGCUAAUCUAUAUUAUCAGUGUUAGACAUUCGGACCAUAUUAAUAAAGGUAGAGUUGUGACCUAUAAAAAUGUGGAUGAAACUUAGAUGCUAUGAAUAACUAUGAAUUAAGUGAGUGUUUUAAAGGCAGAUUUUCUUCAGGGAUGAGAUGUGUCUUUCAGAAGAUCUUGGCCUGGUUUGAAAGUAUUUUUAAUGAGUUCCUGUUAUACUCACCCAUGUUUUUGGGUCAUCUCUCCACGACAGAGAUGAUUAUUUUGUUAUCAGUAAAUCACGCUGUAUCGCCCCUCUCCUCAUCGAUGAUCUCUCUCUCUGUCCUGUACUAUUUUCUUCGUUCUUUAUAGCUAUCUACACGUAAACAUUCGAUUAAUGCCUAUAGAUUAUUCUCAUUUAAUCAGAGUGCUUAAUGCUUGAAAACAAAAGUAUCCGUGUUAAGUAAAGCAGCCCCCUCCCCCCCCCAAAAAAAUGUUAUAGAUUAUUCUAUUACAUUGCAUUUCCUCCUAAACAACAUUUUGCUUUUGUUUGCCUUUCGUUUGAACAUUUAUGCAUACCUUGGUUGUAGUUAGGCGUUUUGAUUCUCCGGCGUCUGUCGCCUUGUGUCUUAUCUAGCAAACGGGCAAAGGGUCUAACUGAUGUGUGGGAGAUUUUGGAGCUGCAGUCGUGAACUGAAGUAUGGGGUGAUGUUUAAAGGUCAGCGAAGAUGACUUUCAGACAUAUGUGAUGUAAUUUAAAUGCGCAAAUGACGAAAAUGUCAAAUAAAUAUUGAAAUCACUGGGAAA